AAUAUAGAUGGACUGCAGAAUUCUAUCAUUGAAUAGGUCCUGUAGCUUGGCUAGUAAUCUUCGGGCCAUUCCUACACGCAAUACUGUAUUUUAUCGGAAAUGUUCUUAUCUGCCUGCAGGGUUAUUUCGUAAGUCAAUUAGGUGCUCAAUGAAGUCCUAUAGGUUAUCAGAGCUUUCAGCUUCUGAGGUUGACAGCCUCAAAGCUCGUCCGCGCAUUGAUUUCUCCUCCAUUUUCAACACAGUUCAACCCAUUGUUGAUGAUGUUCGUAAUAGAGGUGAUGCUGCAGUUAAAGAUUACACAUCACGGUUCGACAAAGUUGUACUGGAUAAGAUAGUUGAAGAUGUCAAUGAGCUUCCAGAUCCUGAGCUUGAUUCAGCUGUUCGAGAAGCAUUUGAUGUGGCAUAUAACAACAUAUAUGCCUUUCAUGCUGCUCAAAAGCCUGUUGAGAAAGUUGUGGAGAACAUGCAUGGUGUCAGAUGUAAACGUGUGGCUAGGAGCAUCGCCUCUGUAGGGCUUUAUGUUCCUGGUGGAACAGCUGUUUUACCUUCUACAGCUCUGAUGCUUUCAGUUCCAGCACAAAUUGCUGGGUGUAAAACUGUUGUACUUGCAACUCCACCUUCUCGGGAUGGCAGCAUUUGCAAGGAAGUGCUUUAUUGUGCCAAGAAAGCAGGUGUGACCCACAUCCUUAGAGGUGGAGGUGCUCAGGCAAUUUCUGCUAUGGCCUGGGGCACUGAAUCCUGCCCAAAGGUUGAGAAGAUAUAUGGGCCUGGGAACCAGUAUGUUACCGCUGCAAAAAUGAUUCUGCAGAACAGCGAAGCUAUGGUUUCAAUCGACAUGCCAGCUGGGCCUUCAGAAGUCCUUGUUAUAGCUGACAAGCAUUCCAGUCCUGUCCAUGUGGCAGCAGAUUUACUUUCACAGGCAGAGCAUGGGCCAGAUAGCCAAGUCGUACUGGUUAUUGCUGGGGAUGGUGUUGAUCUAAAUGCUAUUCAAGAGGAAAUUAGGAAGCAGUGCCAAGCCCUUCCAAGGGGAGAAUUUGCACUUCAGGCACUUAGCCACAGCUUCACUGUGUUAGCACGGGAUAUGCUUGAGGCAAUUUCCUUCUCAAACAUGUAUGCACCUGAGCAUCUGAUAAUCAAUGUGAAUGAAGCUGAGAAGUGGGAAAGUUUAAUUGAGAAUGCAGGUUCUGUAUUUAUGGGACAGUGGACACCUGAGAGUGUAGGAGAUUAUGCAAGUGGAACUAACCAUGUUCUGCCAACUUACGGGUAUGCACGGAUGUAUGGUGGAGUCUCUUUAGACUCUUUCUUGAAAUACAUUACUGUGCAGUCUUUAACAGAAGAAGGGCUGAAGAAUCUUGGCCCCUAUGUGGAGAAAAUGGCCGAAGUUGAGGGUUUGGAUGCCCACAAGAGGGCUGUAACCCUCAGACUGCAGGACAUAGAAGCGAGGCAAAUAUCACACUCAAGAUGAUACCAUAUGUGGAUCCCUUUUGUAUUCAUAAAAGAAUAAAUAUUGAGCAAUUCACCCGUCAUGCAAAUCUAAUGGAUGAGCGAGUUCAUCUGCUGUAUUUGCUGGAACAAAUUUAAACCAGAUAUCUGAAAAGAUGUUUGAGAGCUGUAUCUUAAUUGGACUUUUGCCAUGUUUUGUAAUAAAAGUUGUAAUGCAGCAAACUUGUAAUAUUUUGGAUUAGAUGUAAUUAUCGUGGUGACAAAAGGUUGCUCUUUUGGCUACAGAUAACGAAGAGUUAAAAUCUCUGAUAUCAUUUACUGUAAUUCUUAUCUUGUAAUUGCUUGAAUUUUAAUAUUAUUUGAUUUUAGUGCCUUA